AUGGAUCUCAAGUCGAUGCUGAACGAUUCAGCACAGCGACCACCACCACCUCGCAUCCAUACAUCGACCUCAUCAGUGUCAGACCGCCCUUGUGAUAGCCACACACCAUACGAGGCCGAUCCUAGCCGUCCGACGCCCUUAUCAACAUCGACAUACCCCUCCGACGGACGUGCGCCAGGCAGCUACUUCGCUGUUCAGUCACCGCAACAACAUUCGGCUUCGACUCCUAGCGCAGGUGCGCACUCCGCCCACAGCGGCUACGCACAGAGUCCUGGCCCUGGAGGCGCACACUACACGCCGCGAAGAGAUAGCGUGACACCACAACAUGUCCUCACACCAGGACAUGUUCCCCCUCCCUCGCCCAUGGGAGCACAUCCACAAACCCCCAGUGUGCAGUAUCAUCCGGGUCAAACACCAUUGUAUGCUCAAGCAUACACUCCACAGAGCGCAAUCAGCCAGAGACCACCGACACGUGAAGAGUACUCUCAUGCAAACGGUCGGCCCAUACAACAACAAACAUACCACAUGUCACCGCCUCCACCGCAUCAUCAACAAACACCCUCAACACCACUCGGGCCACCUCCAACGAACUAUGCGCGUCCAUCAGCACACUCUCAGCGACCUCCGUCACAAGGCUAUGACCACCUGAGGAGAGCCUCAAUUGGGUCAAUGGGGUCAAAUCACAGCAGAGAUCCGAGUCUGGCCGCUGUACUACACCACGAGCCCUCACGAGCAAGCAGUAUACAAAGAACUCCUUCCGAUGAAGAUCGGCUAAGACAAGAGCGCGAAAGAAGCGACGAGAGCGUCAGCCCGAAGACAAUACCUAGACCGCCUCCACAGCGCACUUCAUCUACCUUCUCCAACCAUCCCUACGAACAGUCACCCGCUACAUCUGUCAGAAGCCAAGCAUCAUCUGGCGUACCUGCAAUGAUGGACCAACAGGCGCCACCUCCUAUAAUACAUAAUUCCGCCCACCAGCAUCCAACACCAAUGCAAGAUCACCGACCUCCUCCUCAGCCAAUGUCUCGUCCAAGUCCAGGUGCGAAACCUCCUUUGGCGUUAACACCACAAUCAGCGCAUUCGUCACUUCCACCUCAGCCGAGUCCCCCGUCAUCCAAACCAACAAGCAAGAAGCGUACAGCUAGCGUCAUCUCAGCACUGGCACCUACAAGCAUGCCUCCACAGAAGAGAAUCAAACGGGAAGAGAAGCCGAUCUGGGCACAGAGUAUGCGCAAGCGCCGACUCGUCCUAGGCAACAAUCCACGACAGAGGCAGCCAAGAACAGAGGCUGUCGAAGAGCGUCAGAAUCCUAUCAAACCAGAGGAUGCGCCGCAAUUGCCACAGAAUGGCCCACCGCAACCGCGACCUCAACAUGCUGGACUCUCUCAUCUGAUCGACAAGCCACGAAACGACCUGUUGUUUAUUGUCGGCGAAUGGAUCUAUCAGAUUAUUGGAACACGCACCCCUCCUCGAGGGUCUGUGUUCGAGAUUGAGGCUAAGCUCGGCGUCAUUAUCGAUCACAGCUCCGGCCGCGAGGAACGCAUUCGCCUGCCGGUCAUCAGCGAAGCUGUUUUCGACAAGAAUGGCUGGCCUGGGAUGAAGACGAAGUUUGCGACGGUCAUGUCAGAGGAUAGCCAUGCGAUCCUCAACAAGUACCUGAACGCCGUCAUCGUUCACACGCACAAACAGAACAAGGCAGGCGCCCAACUCGAUCCUAUGGAGUACUCCCACACGCAGGUCUGGGAUGAGUACUACGAGCUCAAUAAAAUGGGCGUCGACAAUAUGCAGCAUCUGGCUCACUGGCACAACCCCAAGCACACCAUGAAAGUCCGGAGGACGUUCAAGAAAGACGGUGGAGAGAUGACUGAUCAAAUCAUCAAAACCCGGCUCGCUGAUCUGGACAUCUACAACCCGAACGACGCCUUCGAUUAUCGCAUUUCGAUAAGUCUCGAGACGCCCUGGGACGGUGCCGAUUCGGAUCUGAAGCCUCCUGAUGCUGGCGGGAAUGCAGCGGAUCGUAUGAAGGAUCGGAUCUCCUACAAGCAUCACGACUAUCAGAUCGACUUGACGCAGAUUGAGCACGGCGGAGGUGGUGGGCUGAAAGAUCACGAAGUUGAGAUAGAGAUCAUGAAUGACUCUAUUCUGCCUGCCUUGGAGGAGUGUAGGGCUGGAGAUGACGGCCGGUAUCACAAGUUGUUGGAUGGCUUCAUCGAUAAUAUACGGAUCCUCGCUAGUCGCGCAGGCAAUAUGGCGCCUGUUAGGCAGGUGGUCAGAUGA